GAUGGAUCCAAGCAUAGUUCCAUAAUCAAAUUCAUUUCGAUUUUUCCCUUGCAUUCUCAUCCUCAUGGAUUCUCAAUUCUUGCUGGGUAUCGCCCUUUCAUCCAUUGGUGGUUUAAGCACUUCAAUUGGUGCACUUUUUGUAAUUAUGAGUCAAGCUCCAAGUUUGAAGAUGCUUGGACUAUUACAGGGUUUUGCUGCUGGUUUAAUGCUGAGCAUAUCAUUUUUUGAUCUUGCUCAUAAUGCCAUAAACACACUAGGCUUCCUCAGAGGCAACCUUUGGUUUUUUUCUGGUGUCAUAUUCUUUGCAAUUGUUGCCAACUUUAUACCAGAACCAACAGCACCUCCUCCUGAUAAGAAGAGCAAACAGGUUGGUAGGGAAGAAAACAAGAACACGAUGAAAAAACGUCGCCGUCAGGUUUUAUUCAGUGGAAUUAUUACAGCCAUAGGUAUAAGUUUACAUAAUUUUCCAGAAGGAAUGGCAGUGUAUCUUGGAUCCAUGAAGGGUCUUCGUGUUGGUCUUAACCUUGCAUUGGCAAUUGCUCUGCACAAUAUCCCUGAGGGUGUUGCUGUAGCACUUCCUGUUUAUUUUGCUACAGAGAGUAAAUGGCAAGCAUUCAAAUUGGCAUCUCUUUCUGGCUUGGCUGAGCCCCUAGGGGUUAUUAUUGUAGCCUGUCUAUUCCCUACCAGUCUAAAUCCUGAGAUUCUUGAGGGUUUGUUGGCAUCAGUUGGUGGUGUUAUGGCUUUUUUGACCCUUCAUGAAAUGCUGCCAUUGGCUUUUGAGUAUGCUGGAGAGAAAAAAUCUGUUAAGGCUGUCUUCUGUGGGAUGGCUUUCAUGUCUGCAAGCCUGUAUUUUCUACGUCUAAGCUUGCCAGAGGACACUGGCUUAUAGUUUGGUGUGCAACCUGUAGAGGAAAUUCAGAAUAUAUAUCUUUUCUGAAUGAAAGUAUUCCAUAUACUUCAAUCACAGCCUGUCUUCUGCAGCAAGAUGCCUUCAGAAUGAGACUGGAAAACUUGCAAUGAUAAUAUUGUGCAACUAUCAGUAGAGGAUAUUGCAUAGGAAUGUAGGAUAUGUUUCACCUAUGGCCCCAUUUCAUAAAAUGUACAAGGAAUAGGAAAAAAAAAAAAAAAAACUAUUG